AUGUGGGAGUUUGCGAGCGUGGUCGCGUUCCUGGAUUCCUUCGAAGGCGAUCUCAAGCUGCACUCCUUCAAUCUCUCGGGACUCGAGGGAGCACUGGUCGAGCUGGAGCGCGUGGCCGAGGAGCACAGGGUCCAGGCCAGCGCCCUCUCCGCUGCCGCUGCCGCUGCGGCUGCCGACCAAGAAGAGAAGAGCCGCAGCACGACCAACGGUGGCGACACACCACCAUCGUCGUCGCCAUCGUCAUCUUCCGUAGCAGAAGCCGACAAGGUCGUCAAGAAGGAGAAGGAGAAGGAGAAGGAGAAGGAGCAAGAAGAGAAAGAAGAAGAGAAAGAAGAAGCGAAAGAAGAGGAAGUGGAAGGGAAGCAGAACGGUGACCACAGUGAGGCGAAUGGUGGUCACGAAGAAGAAGAAGAAGGAGAAGGGGCGAAAGAGGAGCGAAAGAGGAAAAGGCAAGUGAAGAAGGAGAAAGAGGACGAUGACGAAAGCGAAGAGGCGGGGGAGAAGGCGAAAGAAGAAGAAGAAGAAGGCGGAGAUGAUGACGACGACGAUGACAAAGAACGCGACGACGACGACGACGAAAGGAACGCGAAGAGGAGGAGGAGGAAGAAGGCCAAGGCGACGGAGCCCUGGAUGGAGAAUGCCGGCUACCAGCACCUCGCCAACCUACACAUCGCCCUGCUCAAGAACAUCGUUGGUCGCGGCGCGUCCUUGCUGACGAUGGAGCGAUGGGAGGGCUAUCUGCAGCGGGAGCUGGACAAGCACUGGGACGAGGCCAUGGAGGCCUACUUCGGCCCCGACAAUCCCCUCGAGAAUUCCAACUAUCUCGCCCUCUCCCUGCGAACCAAGGCACGUGUGUUGCUCCUCAAGGUGGUGUGCGACCUCCAGUUGGAUGCCAAUGCGGCUCUGUUGGCCGAGAUACACGAGAUUGGGUCCAAGGGCGACCAUGCGCAGCUGCGACCGACCGCGCUGGGGCGUGACGGGCGAUCGCGGCUGUACUGGUACUUCAGCAGCGGGCGGCACCCGUACCUCUACCGCGAGACGCUGCCGCUGCUCGAAGACGACCGAUACACGAUCAUCAGGCCCGGCAAGUGGAAACUGGUGUGUUCGACGUUGGCCGAAAUCGAGGCCUUCGCGGAUGAUCUGAUCGACAACAAGAACAAACAAGCGCGCCGGCUGGCGACGACGAUCAUGCACGAGGUCGUACCACCGCUGUUCGCCCGGGAACUGGAAGAGGAAAAGGCGGCGAAGAAGAAAGCCCGGUCCCGCAAAGCUGGCAUCGACACCAGAAAUGUUGUGAAUACCAGAUCGAGGCGGGCCAGGAAGGCUGUGGACUACACCUACAACACGAAGGAGUUGGACAAGGCCAUACGCGAAUACAACCAACAACGCGACUCGGACUCGGAUGAAGAAGACGACGGUGACAAGCAGCAAGACAAGACUUCGUCGUCCAAGCGGACCCGACGGACCCGUCGGGCGGCGCCCACAGCGGCGGUCCAGGGCACGCGCAGCUCGACCCGGAUACAGCAAAAGCGAAAGCGCGGCGCAGCCGAAUAG